AUGCGCGUUUUCCUGCGCACGCGGGGCAUUCCGGACAACAUGAAACAGUGCCAGAUUACCCCGAAGAUGGUGAAAGACAUGGCAGCGCAACUUGGAAUUCGUGCCAACCCAGACCUUUACUGGUAUUCCUUGUUCGCGCUUCGCUACUCGUUGGCUCCCGAAUGGGAGGUCAUCGUGAAGCAGGAUACCCGUUUUUACGUCCACCUGCCCUCAGAUCGCAUGCAGAUUGUGCAUCCGAUGAUCAGGCGCUUUCGUGAACACCUUGAGGACGAUUUUGUGGCUGACAUCCCUUCGCGUCGUCUGCACGUGGCAAAAAGCAUUGGCCUUCUCCUAUUCCUGGCUGUAGAUACCUUACAGCGUCAGAGGUCAGAUCGGAAUGGUUCCAGAAGUGGAGACACAUGGCUCUUCUUCCAUGCCGAUACCUUUGAGGCUGCGCUUUUGCAAGCCCCAGAGAAGCAUUGGUUUUUGAAGCGUUUGAAACCACCGCGGCUGGCACCAACUGCGGAAGGAUACUACUACAACUUCCGAAAUGACGUGAUUGCAGAUGACCCGUCGCAUAUUAUGUCCAAAGCCCAUGAGCAAAAAGCCAUCGCGCUACUGCAGAAGAAUAUUCGAGGUGCCAUCACACGCAAGCGCAUUCAGAAGGAGCUGAAGGCUGCAAAGGUUAUCCAAAAAAGCAAAAGGAUGUGGGACGUAAGGAAGGUGAAGACGGAGACCGCGAGAAACCUUCAGCUUCUCAAAGGCUGGUACAUGAGAUACCAAUCUGUGGAGAAGCACGAAAAGCUUCUCCAUCGGGUCACGCGAUUCCAAGCACAGUGGAGAGGCUACGUGGUGAGAUGCGAACACUACAAGACGAUGCUGGACAUCACUCGCUUCCAGGCGAAGUGGAAGGGAACCCUGACAAGGCGUCGUCACAAUGUCAUUGUGACUGCCGGUGUGACGAUUCAGCGCACCUACCGGGGUCGCCUCUAUGGACGCCGGCCGAUGAGAGAAAUGAGACAGGCCCGAUGUGAAAUGAGAGUCCGUUGGGGCCAUGGAGUCUACCCCUUGGAGCAGCCCUGA